ACACUGGUCUGUGACCGCAGCAUGUGCACCUUAAGUGACCAAAAAAAACAGUCUGGGCUUGUGUGGGCUUUCACAUUACACAAGUUGGCAGAAGGUUACUGCUUCAUGGACUGUUUAACCUAGCCUUGGAACAGAACAAACGGACUAUCUGCGUGCUCAUGUUUAAAUUGCUCUCUUAAAAUGAGCUCUUUAAUUCUGUGCUUCGGACUUCUAUGUUUUCUUGAUGCUUGGGCUGUAAAUUUUGCUUUGUCCUGCGGGGAGCUGCAGUUUCAGAGUGCUGUGACAGAAGGCAGGUGCUGUGACUCCUGUGGUAAAGGUAAAUAUUUCUUGGUGGAGUGUUCUAAAGACCAUGAGACCGAAUGUCUUCCAUGUAAGCCAGGAACUUACAAGGACAGCAUCAGCCCUUCCAAGUGUCAUCCCUGCCUUACGUGUUCAAACAAAACACUGGAACAAUGUACAAAAACCACAAAUGCAAAGUGCUCCUGUUCUGAGGGCUACAUGUGUUCCAACGAACACUGUUCCAAGUGUGAGGUGAAGAAAAGAUGUCAACUUGGGGAGAAACUUAAGCGUAAAGGAAAUAAGGAUUUUUCAUACGAAUGUGAACCGUGUCCUGAUAAAACAUACUCGGACACGCACGACGGCAACUGCAAAUCAAUAACUCAGUGCAGUGACAGCGGCCUCUUUGAAGUCUUUCCAGGAAACAAAACCCACAAUGCAAGAUGCUCUCUAUAUGAUGCAGAGGUACCAUAUCGGUGGGAAUCAACGAUCAGUGUCAUUAACUUGGCUUGUAGCAUCUUGCUGCUGCUCAUCCUUCUCUAUGCCUGUGUGAAGAAAACUAUGAGGCACACACAUGCGAACGACAUUGCUGUGUUUGCCCCUGUAUCUACAACCACACCAGAAUAUCCAUACCCAAAAGAGGAGAUUGGAGAAAAGUUUUCCAUUUGCCAACUAUGAUGUUCUGAUGCCAUGAUGUAUCCAAGGACAAUAUUAUUGGUGACUUACAAAGCAUUUAGAAACUAAUAUAGAUCUGAGAACACUUGUUGACUCAAUAGAUAUGGUUAUCAAAGAGAUACAUGGGUUUGAAAGGCUAUAUAGUCAGUGUCACUAUUUCCCCAUUGUAAUUGGGACAAUUUAGCUGCUUAUUUUCUGCAGUAUGUACGAUGAUGCAUUUUUUCCAUAUAUAUAUAUUUUUUUUAUUUUAUUUUAUUGAAUGUAAUAUAUAACUGUCCUGUCCAUGGUGAGUAGAGACAGUUGACGUUGAAGGGCAUAACAAGUUGCACAGAUGUGGCAAUUCUUUCUGUUGGACUAAUUAGACGUACAAUGGCAAGCUUUUAAAAUCGCACAAUUCCUACAGUAUUGUCCAUAAUGCUAAAGCAUUGUGGUAGUGCUGAGCUUGGAUUAACUUAAUAAAAAGACAAUCAUAACAUUUC